GGCAUCUCUCUUUCCUGAUUUUAGAUUCUACUUGACACACCUGGCCUCAUCAGCCCUGUUAAACAGAAAAGGUAAUAGCUGUGGAAACAGGUUUGUUGAGGGAAAGGUGUUGAGAAGGUGAGGAGAUUCCAUCAGAGGGGCUGGAAAACCCCCUUAUCAUACCCUAUCCCUCAUUAGGAGUAUAUCAGUCAUAAGACCCUUCCUGACCUAAGUUUGUCUGUCCCUCAGGCACCAUCUGGAGCUUUCUUUGUUGGAAGAUCCAUGGAAGAGCAUGGAAUCUGCUGAUCUGGUUGUGGUCCUUGUGGAUGUCUCAGACAAGUGGACUCGGAACCAGCUCAGGCCCCAGGUGCUCCAGUGCCUGACCCAGUUCUCCCAAGUCCCUAGCAUCCUUGUCAUGAACAAGGUAGAUUGCCUGAAGCAGAAGUCUGUUCUCCUGGAGCUCACAGCAGCCCUUACUGAAGGUGUGGUCAAUGGCAAGAAGCUCAAGAUGCGGCAGGCCCUUCGCUCACAGCCUGGCACUCCUUGCCCUAGCCCAGCAGCUAAGGGCCCAAAAACACAGUCUGUGGGAGGCCCUCAGAGGAUUGGCUGGCCCCACUUCCAGGAGAUCUUCAUGUUGUCAGCCCUAAGCCAGGAGGAUGUGAAAACACUAAAGCAUUACCUCCUGGCACAGGCCCGGCCAGGACCCUGGGAAUUCCACAGUGGAGUCCUCACUAGCCAGACGCCUGAGGAGAUCUGUGCCAACAUCAUCCGAGAGAAGCUCCUAGAACACCUGCCCCAGGAGAUGCCCUAUAGUGUGCAGCAGAGGACAGUGAUGUGGGAGGAAGGGCCAAGCGGAGAGCUGGUGAUCGAACAGAAGCUUCUGGUGCCCAAAGAAUCUCAUGUGAGGAUCCUGAUUGGUCCAAAGGGGCACUUGAUCUCCCAGAUUGCACAGGAGGUGGGCCGCGACCUCAUGGACAUCUUCCUCUGCGAUGUUCGGCUCCGCCUCUCUGUGAGGCUUCUCAAGUGACCACCCUCUGCUGCCUUGCCCAGGGCGUCUCAGCCAGAGCUGCUGGCAGGGCCACUGACCAGAACGGCCCCUGCCCAGGGACAGGGACUGGUGAGAGGUGUGGGCACUGCCUGCCUGCCUGCCUGACUGGCGGCUGGCUUGGCCUUCCUGAGUCUGCCUAGCCCCUGCCUGACCACGUCUGUUGGAGGAAGUAACUUAUCUUAGCUCAGUUCCCAGGUCGUUCCUCUGCCUGCGGUCCCAGCUGCUUAGGUCUAGAAGUUGGCUCUUUGGUAGGAACAAUGCCACCCUGCUUCUGGCUGGCAGCGAACCCAGAGUUCUUCCCUGAGUUGCCAGUUUUAGCAGAGAGGGCUUUUUCCUGUCCACUCAGUUCCUCUACCUUAAAGCUGCGCGUAAGAACCUGUGGGUCCUAAGUGAGAUAGUGCCGCUCACUCCAUCCCUCUCCCCAGUCUUGGAUGCUAAUAAAAUUAAAAAACAAGCA